UAUCUACUUCGAGGGGACCGUUAUAUGGUCUGUUCUAUUGAUUGCUCUGUUGGCAUUUGUCUUUUUUGUCCUUUUUGUUUAGCAGUCCAUCCCAUCUAGUGGCAACUGUAUUGCCCCGAGAGCCGUUCGGUGAAUCAAACCCAGGACAACCCUCACACAGUCAGCCAUCCAUGUCCGCGGACUUGUUUGCAGAAUUUGGUAUCAAUACCAAUUCCAGCCAGCCUGAGAAUUCUCUGAGCCAGCGAUCUGCGAGACAUCAAUCUUCUUCCCUGGUCCCAGACCUGGACUUCUUCGGCGAGACGCCCUCAACGCCAUUCUCGAAUCAAGCGAGCCAGCUCGGUACAGCAGGCACGCAAUGGCAAAGCUCAUCUUGGGACAAGUCAUUUGCGUCGGGACCGGUACAGCAUGAUAGUGGUAACGAUGUGCUUUUCGAUGCCGCUCUUGAGACUGCCUCAUACGAUGAAAGCGAUGAUUGGGGCGAGUUCGAAACUGCAGAUGUGCCUCCUCAACGAGCGCCUGUAGAAGAACAGAAGCCCAAAAGCACGCUGUCUGCUGUCCGCCCGGCCACGGUGCAAGAUCCUUUCGAUCUUCUAGACUCACCACCGAUCCAGAGUGUGCCGUCCGUUUCUGGUAAACAGACCGUUGCCACACGACAGCAAGGCAACACCCAGAAGAUCCGCAAGGAACUGCCGCGUACGACGCCUUCACUGUUUACUGAAGAUGAUUCUUUCGAAGACUGGGGUGACUUUGUCGACGGGCCAGCUACAGCCCAAAGUCAGGUUCAGGACCGAAAGGCACCCGUAUCGAGGACACAGCAUGGAUCUACUUUGGGCAGAACAAAGAGCUUGCACACUACGACUAGUGCUACGAAAUCCGAGUUGAACUUUGCAGUCCCCAGCUCCACAACUACGGCAGAUCAAGUCCGUCCAACCAACAUACCACCGCCAUCAGUAUUGUUAGAGCUGUUCCCUCAGGUGCUCGAGCAACUCCGACAUGAAGCCACAGACGCAAGGAAGGAUAUGCAGCGGAGAGAUAGAGUCGAACGUGCAGCGUGGUCAAUUCAGAUUACGCUGAGGACUGCCGCUCGAGUAGUUGCGGGCCGUACCUUGCGAUGGAAAAGAGACAAGAUUCUGAGCCAGAGCAUGCGGAUUGGCCCGGCAGGCAAGCCUGGGGGUAUGAAGCUCAGCACGGUCAACAAGAAUGAGGAUGUCAAAGAGCAACAACAGGCUGUGGAUGUGCUCACCAUGUGGCGUGAUAGGGCGGCACUUUUCAACUCCGUCAUCCAGGCUUCCGGAAAUCGAGCAGUUCCUAUCAUUCAGGACAACGUUCGGGCGAUGAUGCUGAGCGCCGACCGGGGCGCACUCAAAGCAUCACAUGCCUGUGCUCUCUGCGGAUUAAAACGAGAUGAGCGGUUGCCCAAACUCGACGAAAAUGUGGAGGAUAGCUUCGGCGAGUGGUGGACCGAACAUUGGGGUCACACCGACUGCCGGCAGUUCUGGGAAAAUAAUAAGACUCUGCUUGGUCAACGAUGAAUGUAUAAAUACGCAUGAUAGUUGGAAAUGGGGUGGAUAAGGACCAAUGCAAGUGGCUGCUCAGCCACACUAAAGGUGUCUGUUAAUUUGGUAGGUCUGUAUGCAAGCUGAAGGUAUCUGUAAUACAUCGCGACUUUCUUCAGGGACAGAGUGCAUGACUACGAUUGGGAGGUCGGGCAUCCUUCCGAUCACGUCAUGAGACAUGGAGUGGGGUGUGGGCGUG